AUGACAGUAAAAGGAUCCACAUUCUUUGAAGUUAUUGUGAAUGCCUCGAGGACCAAGGAUCCGUUGAAAUGUCCAAUUUCAGGAAGGAAACCUCGGCCAGUGUCCCAGUUGGUUGCGCAACAAGUUACUCAGCAGUUUGUGCCCCCUACACAGUCAAAGAAAGAGAAAAAAGAUAAAGUAGACAAAGAAAAAAGUGAAAAGGAAACAACUAGCAAAAAGAAUAGUCACAAGAAAACCAGGCCCAGAUUGAAAAAUGUGGAUCGGAGUAGUGCCCAGCACCUGGAAGUCACCGUUGGGGAUCUGACAGUCAUUAUUACAGACUUUAAGGAGAAAACGAAGUCGCCGCCAGCAUCCAGUGCGGCAUCCGCAGAUCAGCACAGCCAGAGUGGCUCCAGCUCCGAUAACACGGAGCGGGGUGUGUCCAGGUCAUCCUCGCCCAGGGGAGAAGCCUCGUUGAAUGGAGAAUCACAUUAAAGUCUAUUAUCUACGACUUCUUAGCCACUUCUGUCAGACCAUGCAAAUACACAGAUUAUGCCAAGAAGUACCACAUUUUCAUGACAAGCAUACUCCUGUACAAUCCAUAAUUUGAUUCUCACGUAAAAUAGAAUUUGUUCAGGUUUUGUUAGAUUUCAUCGCUAUCUAUGCCUCCCAAAACUUCCCAGACAUUCUGGUCUCCACAGUUAAAGGUGCCAUGAAAAUGUGGUGGAUUAUUCAUUACGCAGUGUUACUGGUAAGUCUAUUUUCACUUUUAGUUUAGUGAAUUCUAGCACCUAAUUCUUGAAUUCUCUACUAUUGGCAUGUAAUGAAUUAAAAAUUUUUAUAACAUAGUGCAAGCUGCCUAAAUAUGUAUUAUUUGAGAAUUGUGAAACAAAUAGUUAUAUGUAUACAAGUCAAAGAUCAACUUAAUCAACUCUGGCUGCAACAGGAUUUUCUUAAUGGUUAUCUUCUUAAAUACACCUGCUGGUACUUGGUGUGGUUAAAUAGGAAAAUUGUUAUUAAAUAAAGAAUUUGUAUAAACCGUUGCCAAUGUUUUUGACACAUUUUACUAAAUUAUUGUUCCUGAAUUAUAUUUCUGGUCUUACCUGAUUUUUCUGUUUGUUUGUUAUUGCUUAUCUUUCAAGACAUCAUUUAUUGUAAUGUUUACUAGCAAACUAGUAAACAAUAAAACAUUGAUUAUUUAGCUUUAUAAUUUAGGUUUAGUGUUGUUGUCAUUGAACACUGGUAUUUUCUGUAUUAUAUGAAACCUUAAAAUUCAAAUAAUUUUAAGCAUUUGGCAAAAGCAAGAAAAAGAAACCUGCCAUAUUUUAAAAGCUGCAAUUUUGGAAAAGCUUUAACUUAAUAAUAGUUUUAUCACUGUUCCCUUGCCCCAAACUGAUCCAGGGUCAUAGAAGUAUGAAUCUAUUCAGUACAGAAAAUGGAAACCAUUGUACAGAACUGGAAAAUAAUUCAUCAUAAGUCAGUUCUGUUGGCAUGUUAUUAAAUAGAACAAUUCUUAUGAAAAUCAUAGUGCCCUAUUUUCAGACACAAAUAUCAGUUCAAGUUACAUUUAUCAAUAUCCUGAAAUAAAAAGUAUUUACAGCCCAAUCACUAUUAUGUAAAAUUACCAAUAAAAUAUUUUUAUGACUACAGAUGUUGCAUUUUUGUUUACAACGAAUACAGUGUUUUAUGUUGUAUUUAAAAAUCCAACCUAGAAACCACACAGUACAUCUUAGAUUCUCAUAGGGUCUAUUUCCUGCUUUCUAUUAGCCAUUUGUUUAAUAUCUAUCUACCUUGAGGGGGUUUCUGAAAUACAAAUGAAGUUGAAGCUUAACUUGGACACAAAAUAUCAUACAAAGUCAUCAUGAUAGCAUUUGAAGAAAAAAAUAAAACUGUGGACCCUGACUUGUGAUAUGUGUGGUUUCGUGUGCUGAUGUAAUUUUCUGUUUAAUUGCAGUACUUUUUACAGGCAAGUGGUACUGUCUUUUUUUUUUUUUUUUGUAAGAUGCUAGUUGUGAAGUACAGUUAAUUGCAUACAGUAAAAGUCUGUGAUUAAAACGUUUAUAUACCUCA